AAUCAAACUUAUUUUUUGUAGAUCCAAAACUCAGAGCGAAGUGGCAGUGAAUCCGAGUUUUGAUAAUCUUCCAUCAAGCCUCUUGGAAGUAAUAAUGUCUCGGCUUGUACUAAAAGAUAACAUCCGUGCCUCAGCUUCUUGCAAAACAUGGCGCGAAGCUGCAGUAUCUGUUCGUGUAGUAGAAAAACACCCUUGGCUUUUUUGUUUUCCUAAACGUGGCACUUCGUUUGAACUCCUCGAUCCAUUACACUGGAAGACGUACACUUUGAAUCUGCCGGAGCUAGCUGACUCCACUUUGUGUUACUCAAGAGACGGCUGGUUACUUAUGCGUAGAUCCGUCUCAAAAGACAUGUUCUUCUUCAACCCGUUUUCUCGGGAGCGCGUAAGCUUGCCCAAAUUUGAGCAGUCUUUUCUGGUGAUUGCAUUCUCUUGUCCUCCUACGUCGGAUCAUUGUGUUGUAGGCCUUGUAUCAUCGUUACGUUUUUAUGUAGAAAAUCAAGAGAGAAGGAUAACCAUCAGCACUUGUCAUCCUGGAGCAACUGAGUGGAUCACUCAAGAGUCCGUGUUCCAUUCUGUUUUUUUAUGGCAUGAUAAGCACCAUAGCAAGCUUUUCUUUCUCCAUAAUAGAUUCUAUUUCUUUCACUGCUUUAACCAAGGAGGAGGGAGUCUGCACUCGUUUCACACAUCUUCUCGCACAUGGGAUUCUCAUUAUGCAUAUGUCUCUAGUGAACAUCAAUUGAGUUAUUACCAGAAAGCAUCUUUUUUGGCAGAGAAGAAUGGAGAGCUCUUUCUCAUGCUUACAAGUGGGAAUGAGAAGCCAUUGAUCUAUAAACUAGUCUCUUCCAAUUGGGUGAAGAUGAGUCUUACUGAGCUUGACGGCUUGACAUUCUUUGUCAGUUUUUAUAACUCCGAGCUAAGAAAUAAUCUCCCAUGGAUGAGGAACAAUGUAUACUUUUCAAGAUUUGGUUACAAUCGCAAGAGUUGUGUCUCCUACUCGCUUGAUGAAAGCACGUACAGUCCGUGUAAGGAAUGGCACAGCUGGCAACAACUUUGUCCUCCUCAAAGCAUCUGGAUCGUUCCGCCCGAGAACGUGUUAGACUAUUUGUGAGAGUUGCAUAAAAAUUAAUUGAGUUUAGUGUUUUAGUUUAGGCUUUCUAAAAGUUUCUUCAUCUUUAGUUGACGUCCCAAAUUUUGCUAAUUUCGUUUAUCUAAUGUUUAAGCAGUAGAAAAUGAUGCAGAAUUAAAUAGAAUAUUAUCUUCACUAAUACUGAUAUAUAUAUAAGGAUUAAAUGUAGAAAUAUACUAACUGUUGAACGUAUAAAUCAACUUGUUGCUGAAUGAAUGAGAUAGAGAGACGUCCACCACUUUUUCUGAUAAAUUUGCUAAAACAGAACAUAACAGUUUAUUGUCCUUUUGCCCAAAAACAUUUUUUGGCCCUUUUUUUUUUUGGCUCAACAACAACUUUAUAUUAAUCCAACUCCAAAGUCUUACAUUUGGCUUAUCAGCCUUAAUACAUGAAUUCAACCACAUAAGCACCAUAGAAUAUAACUUAGGGACAAGGGACGUAAACGUAGAAGUCUCCUUCGCUAUUCUAUCUGCUGACUUAUUUCCACUUCUCUGAUGAUACUGCACUUUGAAACCUUCAUUUGCUCUCAUUGAGGUAGAGAUAUUUGCUCUCAUUUUUUGGCCCAUUUUUAACUUUUGAUAUCCUUAGGCUAUAUAAAAAAUUCACACAAAAUAUUUUAAGAGAUUAAAAUAUGAAAAAUUAUACAUAGUGUAUAUAAACUAGAAGUAAUCAGAUGAAAAAUAUUUGUGUUGUGUAAUUAUUGUUAAAACAUAAUUUGAUUUUAUGCUCUACGAAUAGUAGAAAAUCCGGUCUACUGUCAGUGAGAAUGUACAACACAAUUUCAACCAAUUACAUAAUUAUCUGCAGUCUUUAGAACUUACAAUUUAUUUAAUAUCCAUUUAUCUGUGGAAAAGCUUCAGGUGAGGAUACUGGCCAUUGGCCACCACCCACCGGUAGUUCAUUUAACUGGUUUAGUUUUUUUUUGGAACAAAAAAUCUGGUUUAAUUGUGCAGUCAAAUACUAGACGUAAAUCAACUUCAAAUUUUUCUUUCUCGGCGGCCAUGGGAGUUAUGUCUGCCGAAUAAAAAAAAUAGCGGUGAAGCGUACAUAUGUCAUUCUUGACUUAUUAUUAUCGUUUGCUUUACAAUACACAACUUAUGCUCCUUCAGAAAGUUUCUAGAUACAUGGUAUUUUAAGUUAUUCUUUUAUCAACAACAUGGUAUAUUUUAAGUUUUAACAUCAUUUUUAUAUUUACCCAUAAACGAUUUUGUUUAUAACUCGGUGACUGGGAUCGAUGCUCGAUAAUCUGGAGUUGGGCAAAUCCGAUGGAAAUAUAUACAACCGUACCACGUAAGUCCUUUGAGCCGGAGCCUAGAACCAACUGACCCAACAACAAAGUUUUUCUACGAAUGAAUCAAACUGCUCCAAUCAAUUAUCAAUCAUCGACAAAAAUUUUUUUAUCAAUCAUCGUUUUUCCAGUUUCCGAAAUUAUCUAUAUGGAACAAUAAAAUUCACCAAAUACAUUUUUCCUUUUUUGAUUAAUCAAGCAAAACAUAACUCAUGAAAAUAUGAUGACGUUUGAGCAUACGAUAAAUUCUCUACGAAAGCACAUAUAUCUUCGAAUAUUAUAAAAGUUAUGAUCACAGAUCCAUUAAAUUUGGAUACACGUAAAAGAGUGGCUGAUUUUUUCAAAUAUGUAAAGAUGAUUUCGGGGAUUCAUAACUAUGAAUACAACUUAUGUUUGUUUAUUAGAUUGUAAAUCACCACACGUUUGAUGUCGAGAUCCUAAGUCAAAAGAUUAUUGAUACAAUAUAAUAAUAUACUUACUAGAUUUUCACCCGCACAACCGUGCGGGUAUAUAUUUUCACAUUUAUAUAUAUAGAUAUUUGUUUUACAUAAUUAUUAUAUAUUUUUAAUGUUACUCACAUAUUUAAAUAUUUGUAUAAUUAUACCAAAUAUAAUAAUUUUAUAGUUUUCAUACUGUAAAUUAAAAUC